CCUCACUGCCCUCACUUUGCGGCCCCGCGGCCAUGUCGGAGUUCAGCGCCAGAAGUGAGAAGCGUCGGCGAGUGCAGACCUUGCUGCCGGUUUUCCAAGAGUUGGAGGACUUGGCUCAUACCGGUGCUCAGCUCUGCAAGAGAUCGCGUGAUUUGCAACGCGCUGCACCUGUCAACCUGGAGGAGAUCUGUCAUUUCGCCUCCCAACUUCGCAUGGGUGUUCCUGCGAAGCUGCCGUUGGACGCCAAGAGCCUUCCGCUGGCGCCACUGCCGGCGGGCUUUUGGCUGCCGUUCCCGACCCUGGAGGAGGAAAUCCCCAAUGCCACAGCCUUGGCUACGGGACUCCGUCGAUGUCCACCGCCACACGUGUCGCUGCAGCCGAGCCAGACCAGUGGGGCAGCGUGGGCAGUGCAGUUGAGGGCUCUGCCACCUGCCACCUCCGUUCUUUUCACGGUGGACGGCUCGGUGCCGCGGCUGGGGAGCAAGAGUACCAUGCAAGCGACGCAGGCUCCUGUGUUGCUGGCUGAAGGUGCCCAGGUCUGUGCAGUGGCGGCGGCCGCUGGGAAGCAUUUGUCAGAUGUGAUCACGGUAAAGACGCCCAAUGCCAAGGUGGCGGCACCCUCCGAGCCGGCGAAAGUUGCACCCAAGAAGGCGACAUCGAAAUCGUCAUUCCGAAACGAUUUGCUGUUGGCAGAUUCCGAUGACGAUUAGGCAAGCUGCGAGAUGGCCAUGAUGAAAUCUCUGUGAGGCCAAAUUCCGAGCUCCUGACCAUCACCAGCGACACCCUUCCUAUUUGCCAUCCUUGGGCACUAUAGACGCCUGGGGUUCGCAAGGUUCUUGUGACCCGCAUGGCAAGGAAGAGAUGGCUUGAAGUGUCCCUUGAUCUUCCUGGAUCUAGUGCAUCCAGGAUGGUUUUGGGCAUGCGGCAUGGCAUCAUCCAUCAUCACACUAUGUUCUAUACCCCAUGCUAUCUUGUGCGAGCUCAAGACAGUGAGAUGGCGAACUGGUGGCAGCAUGUGGCAGUAGCUUGCAAUGGCGGCCUUGGGAAAAA